UGGGAAGUGAUCAGCGACGAACACGGCAUCGACCCGGCCGGAGGCUACGUGGGCGACUCGGCGCUCCAGCUGGAGAGGAUCAACGUCUACUACAAUGAGUCAUCGUCUCAGAAAUACGUGCCCAGGGCCGCCCUGGUGGACUUGGAGCCGGGCACCAUGGACAGCGUGCGGUCCGGGCCUUUCGGGCAGCUCUUCCGGCCUGACAACUUCAUUUUUGGACAGACCGGUGCCGGGAACAACUGGGCCAAGGGCCACUACACGGAGGGCGCCGAGCUGGUGGACGCCGUCCUGGACGUGGUGCGGAAGGAGUGCGAGCACUGUGACUGCCUGCAGGGCUUCCAGCUGACCCACUCGCUGGGGGGCGGCACGGGGUCGGGGAUGGGGACCCUCCUCAUCAGCAAGAUCCGGGAGGAGUACCCCGACCGCAUCAUGAACACCUUCAGCGUGAUGCCCUCGCCCAAGGUGUCGGACACCGUGGUCGAGCCCUACAACGCCACCCUCUCCGUGCACCAGCUGGUGGAGAACACGGACGAGACCUACUGCAUCGACAAUGAGGGAGAGGGCAUGGACGAGAUGGAGUUCACCGAGGCCGAGAGCAACAUGAACGACCUGGUGUCCGAGUACCAGCAGUACCAGGAUGCCACGGCUGACGAGGGCGAGGAGGCCUUUGAGGACGAGGACGAGGAGGUCGACGAGUAGUGUGGUCCCUGCCGCCACCACCCCGGGCCCAGACGUCCUCCCUCCAGCUCCGGUGGCCGAGCGGAGCCCUGGUCUGAGUACAUGGGUCCAGGCCCCUUGGGAAGGCAGCGGGACUGCCCUGCCAGCCACCCGGGAUAAAGGACACCAGAAUGCAGGGACCGGCGGCCCUACCCAACGACGUCAGACCAGAGAUCUCCACCUGAGGGCUUGAAAGAAUGCACGGGCCAUAAAUAAAGGGCUGGAGAAAUAAAGCUUCACCUUCUGUUAAGUGUUCAACCAGGGUUGAGAAUCAGGGGGAGUUAGAAACAGUGUGUGUUCAUGCUGUGGGGACACCGGGCGCUGUGAGGCACUGCCCCACAAUGUGCGGCCCCGCACUUGGAAACCACCCUCCUAAUAAAACCCUGCACUGCC